GCCAUUGACCUAACCUAACAACCGUGUCGCUUUAUUUAUCGAACCAAGCCCAACCCCCUCGUCUGUCGUCUCGCCUCGUCUCCGCCCAGAUCCACGCGUUUCGGAGUUCUAGCUGCGUUUAUUGACCGCCCAUUCUCUCCAAGGCAUUUUUCCCCUCGUCCUCCCUGCGAUUUCGCGACCUCCAUCCAAUCCCUCUGCACGGAGAAUCGGCUAAUGGCGGAGGAGGGGUACAAGGUGACGCUGAACGUGUACGACCUCAGCAACGGCCUCGCGCGGCAGCUGUCCACCUCCUUCCUCGGCAAGCCCAUUGAGGCCAUCUGGCACACGGGAGUGGUGGUGUACGGGAACGAGUACUACUUCGGCGGCGGGAUCCAGUCGUCCCCCGCGGGGACGACGCCGUACGGGCGGCCGCUGCGGGUGGUGGAGCUGGGCGUCACGCACAUCCCGCGGGAGGUGUUCGAGGACUACCUCCGCGACAUCGCGCCCCGGUACACGGCCGAGACCUACCGCCUGCUCACCCACAACUGCAACAACUUCAGCCACGAGGUGGCGCAGUUCCUCGUCGGCACUGGCGCCGGCGUGCCCGACUACAUCCUCAACCUCCCCGCCGAGGUCAUGUCCAGCCCCAUGGGCCCGCUCAUCAUGCCCAUGAUCCAGAACCUCGAGUCCACGCUCAGGAGCAACGUCGCUCCGCAGACCACGCAGUUCGUGCCCACGCCCGCCUCCGUCUCCGCGCCUACCGAGGCUCCCGCUUCCGAGCGAAAAGCGCCGGCGCCGGCGGAGAAGGCUUCGAAGGAAGCUCCUACUCCUGCGCCUGCGAAGAAGGAAGCCCCUACUCCUGCGGCUGACCCGCUCGGGAGCGCCAGGGGGAAGGUGCAGGAGGAGGUGAUGAAGGAGUUCGCGGCCAUCAUGGCCAGCGGUACGCUACGGGCCAGCGAGGCGGCGGCGCUGGCCAUGCGCCGGGUCAUGGAGCGCCACGGCGACGGCGCCACGAUGCAGCAGGGCUAGACGAAUCAGGCUGUGAACGCGUUCCGGUUCCAUGGGAAUUGGAAUUUGUCAUCUGCAUGCUGAUGCCGCCGCCGUAUGGAAAAAAUUGGAGAAGUUAUUCCUGAUAUGUUCGUGCGAUUAUUUGGGUUGGCAUUAAUUGCGGCCGCCGGACUUGUUGCCCACCGUAUUACUCUAUGGGCGGUUAAUUUGGUGAGAUAUGCUAAUUUACGUUCGCUACUUCGCUACUACAUGUUUUAAUCCGUCAGCUAUGCAUUGUUCCUGCUG